CCCUCUCCCUAUUUUUCGCUGGCCCUUUCUUGUCUUCAAGGAUCCUUACUUGUUGACUCGUUUGGUGUUAAAUCCCCCUUCAACGAGGACCCACGGAGAUCUCGUUCGUUACCAGUUUCCCUCGUUUACUGACUCCUUUCCUCCUCUCGGCGGCGAUUUUGUCCCGCGGUCCUUCAUUAACUGGCGUGCCCGUUGAUUGGGUCUUGAUUCUCAUAUAUUGUCCAAUAAUUAGUGGUCCUGCGACAGGUUCUUAUUUAAUUGAUUCCUCUCUCGCUCUCUUUUCGGUCCGGUGUCGAGGGGGAAAAAAAGCAAAGGAAAUUGUCAAUCAGACUGGUGGCUAACGCCCACAUCUUAGUGCCAGCUGCAGUCUCCUGUAUAAACGUCACACAUCACUGCACAUUCCCUUGUCACAGUACUUAUAUUAUCGACAUUAUGGUUCGCAUUGUUUCUUCUCUGCUCCUGGCCUCUUUGGCCUCCACAUUCGCUUGGGCCGACACUAUCAAGUGCGACGCUAAUAACAAAUGUCCGGAGAAAUACCCUUGCUGCUCGCAAUAUGGUGAGUGCGGAACUGGCGCUUACUGUCUCGGCGGCUGUGAUCCCAUGCAGUCGUUCAGUCUUGACUCCUGCAUGGCCGCGCCGGUUUGCAAAAGCAAGACCUACAAGUGGGACAACCUCGACAGUGCUGCGCUGAACACCAAGUAUCUUGGCAACGCAUCGGCGUCCGAUUGGGUCUACAGCGGUUUCCCCAAGGUUGAGGAUGGCAACCUGAUCCUCACCAUGCCCAAGAACAGCGUGGGUACUUUGUUCGCAAACAACCACUACGUCUGGUAUGGUAAGAUCAAGGGGAAGGUAAAGAGUAGCCGUGGCAAAGGUGUCGUGUCUGCUUUUAUCCUGCUUUCGGACGUCAAGGACGAAAUUGAUUUUGAGUUUGUCGGCUACGACUUGGAUAACGUUCAAACCAAUUACUACUGGCAGGGCGUUCUGGACUACAACAAUGGCGGAAAGGCUCCCACGGGCAGCAGCACUUUCGACGACUGGCAUGAGUAUGAAAUUGACUGGAAGCCCGAUGCCAUCACCUGGUCAGUCGACGGAAAUGUCAAGCGGACGUUGACCCGGGAAUCAACCUGGAAUGAGACCGCCAAACGCUACCAAUUCCCUCAGACCCCAUCGAGAAUGCAGUUGUCUCUGUGGCCCGCCGGUCAGGCAAGCAACGCUGAAGGUACCAUUGAGUGGGCCGGUGGUGAGAUUGACUGGGACAGCGAGGACAUCAAGGACAAGGGUUACUACUAUGCGGAAUUCGGAGAGAUCACCGUUGAGUGCUAUGAUCCUCCGUCAAACUCGGGAGAUGGCAAGAAAUCGUACAUCCUUACCAACAAGGACGGCCUGGAAGGCUCCUUCAAGCUCACCAACAACGACACUGUGCUCGCCUCUCUUGGCGCUACCGGUCUCGACCCCGAUCUCGGCGCCAGCACCUCUUCGUCUUCGUCUUCGAGCUCGACCACUGGCAACAGCGUUCCUGAAAACCGCGGUGGCUCUGGUAACGAGCCUGGUGUAGGUGGCUCUAACAGCACCGGCACCGGCAGCAGUGGCAGUGGCAGUGGCAGCAGUGAUUCUGGAUUCAGCCAGGGGAGCAACGAUGACAGCAACGACAGCAAUAACUCGAAUGGCGCCGCCUCAGCGAACGAGCGUGUCAUGAAGGGUUCCUUCUUCGCAGUCUUGGUCGCAGUCGUCGUGCUGGUUGCUCUAUGAACCAGUGAUUAACAAAUUUGGGCCCUUGCCUUCAUUCUUGAAUAUUCUUCUCUUUUUUCUUGGGUAUAUAACACUUACCCCCCUCCCUUCUCCCAUACCCACGUGGUUUUGGUGUUUGU